UAAUCACCGCGGUCAUUCUGUUAUAACAGGACUUCCGGGCGGUUAUGUCUCGACACGUGAGGUUAGCGAAUCAGAGAGUUUAAGUGUUUACCAUGGAUAAGACCGGCUCAGUGGGCAAAUCUAUAAGGAAGCAAUGUAAAGCAAUGGGAAAACAAAUUAGAAGCAGCAAACCCAAAAAAGCAGGAAAAAAAUUGAAGAAAUUGCUAUUCCUGGGAAAAAAUAAGUCGUCCAGAUCAGAAGGAGAAAAAUCAUCCACUUAUAGGUCAGCAACACUAUAUGAUGAUGUGGGCAGUAGUUCAGCUACGCAAGGUUUUGACAGUGUACACCUCAAUGAACAAAUUCAGAGUAUUUAUGACGUUUAUCGGGCAACCAAAAUGAGGAGGUGUACAGCCUUUGAAGAAGACUGUGUAGCCGUCAGAUGGGAACGCGAUGCUCUGAAGAGAACAGUAAAAGAGCUGGAAAUUAAACUGCAGGCCACUCAAGAAACACAAAAGCAGAGGAAUCUUUAUUUAGAAGAGGAAAUUUCUAGACUGAGAGCCGAAAAUAAUUCCUUUAGAGCUAAAGUUCAAAACUUCCACGACGCGCGCACUACCGAAACGUCUGAAAUGCUCGAUGAAUUCGGAAGACAGAUCAGGGCCUUAGAGGAUCAGGUGGAGGUAGUAGAAGUAUUGGCGACUGAACGAAAGUUCAUUGAAGCAAAUAGUGAGCUUCCGCAAGUGAAAGACGAGAUGAGCAUUUUUGAAGAUACCAGAAAGCAACUGGAAUCGACAAUUGACGACCAGAUGGCAGAAAACGAGAAGCUAAAAGCGAAUUUGCAGGAGCUGGGGAGGGCGCUCAUUGCUGACAACAAAACCAUGAUUGAGGAGUGUGUACAGCAAUCUGCAGAGAUGCAGGGGCAAUUGCUGCGUAAAAUAAGCGAAGUUGAGUGUAAUUAUAUCAGUUUGAACAAAGACUGCUUGCAAUUGAGAGACGAAAAGUCUAUUUAUGAAGCGUGCAAGCAGCAACUGCAAGAAACUUUAAAUGACCAGAUUAAAGGGCUAUGUGCUGAGACACGGGAAUUAAUUGCCCACGUUUGUCAUGACGAAAAAAGAAUUGCUAUCAAAACAGGAGAACUCAGGAAGGAAAUCAAAGAAUGUUUUCAUAGUUUAGAUCAGCAAGCACAUUUUGAACUUGAUCUCAUUAAAAGCAAGUACAUUAAUCUAAAACACGAGAUGUAUCAACUGGCGGAGGAAAUGUCAAAGUCCAGACAAAGAGAAAAUGCAGUUACUUGUGAAUUGGAGGAUCGUAUAGACGUUCUGACUUCAGUGGCGGCACGAAAACGGGAAGAACCAAGAAGUGGUGGAAAUUCCGUUCCUCCGGGAAAAAUAAAGACGACGCCUACAAGGAUUGCUUAAUGGCGUUAAUCGAUGUAAUAAAGAUAAGAUAUCGAUUCUCUGAGUUCGAGAAGAACGUACUAGCGUCGAAGGCAGAGUUGAAUGAUGAGAAAAAGAAACACGGCGACUGAAUGAAUUACACGAUAUCGCUCUAAUGAAGUCGCAAAAUCCGCCGGUAUAUACUUCAGGAUAUCACCAUGAGCGUCCAAGGACUUGUCAAAAGUGCCUCGACGGCAAAGGAAUUUGUUGCUCCCGCAGGAGAACACUUUGAAGGGAAUUUUUCCAUCUCGUGAGGGUUUACGUUAAAGUGUUUAAGGAUAAACAGGCUUAAGCUAAUUUUAAACUCAAUUACAAUCAUAAUUCCGUAGAAAAUAAACAUUCCUCUUACAGGUUAAACACUCGAAAUCGUAAUUAUUAAGAAGCCUGAUCGUUGAUUUCAAUUCCAGGUCGCCCUUCAACAUUUCAGUUUUAGUUCAGCGUUCUUUUGUUUGUAUUUCCUCUUGAUUGGUUACCUACAUUUUAUUUAUAUUUGUAUAUUUAAUUACCUACUCCAGUUCCAAUACAUUGAAGAUCAUGGGAAUAUAAAUUUGAGGUUAUGACGGCGGUAAGUUUGAAGGUGGCCGUCUGCUUUGUUUGUACGCCACAUCACCUGACAGAAUUCUGCCGACGUUUCAGAAGUCCUGUUUGCCUCCUAGGGAAUGUCCCAUGACAGAGUGAAAGGAAAGGUCUUUAUGGAUGCAGGGUCGGACCGCAGGUUUCCUAAAAAGGGCCGUCGGAAGGGGGGAAAGGGAGGAGUCAGAGCCAAGGGACUUGACUGGGAAGAACAUAGUUUAAUGCAUUUUCUGUCUAUUCAUAUUUCCCCUCCCCCCUGCCAAGCCGUUGGCCAGACUGAGGUUUGUUCGUCGCCCCAACGGCACCCUUGCCCUUACCCAUUUUUCGGGAUGUUGCAAGUACCUCUGAAACGUCGGAGUAGUUCUACCAAAAUACACGGCACUGCAGCUAGGAAUGGAGCUAUCUUGCUCCUCACAGCCGUGAGAACUUAAACGUCCAAUCCACUUAUGACUUCCUAUGGUAAUAGAAGACCUUCGUUUAAAUUAUUCCUAUUAAUGUUAUCACUAAUGGCAAUUUUAAAAUUGUCGCGUUUAAUGUUAUCACAACAAAAUAAAAUUAUAUUUUAUUGUCAAAUUAUAAAGUG